AUGGGUAACACCUGUGUUGGACCAAAUAUUUCAAAAAACGGAUUCAUCCAAUCCGUUUCAGCUGCAAUGUGGAGAACCCCAGCUGAUUCCACCCCACCUACCCCAAAUGGAGACCAAUCAAAUCACAGCAGACAAUCAGAAUCACCAUUACCUGUUCAAAACAAGCCACCAGAACAAAUCACAAUUCCAAAACCAGACAAGAAACAAGAACAACAACAACAAGUAAAACCCAAAAAAGCCCCUCAAAUGAAAAGGGUAUCAAGUGCUGGCCUUAGAACCGAUUCAGUCUUACAAAGAAAAACCGGGAGUUUAAAGGAGUUCUUCACAUUGGGGAAGAAACUAGGACAAGGGCAAUUUGGUACAACUUUUCUUUGUAUAGAAAAAGCAACGGGUGAACAUUACGCGUGCAAAUCGAUUGCAAAAAGGAAGCUAUUGACAGAUGAAGAUGUGGAGGAUGUGAGAAGGGAGAUUCAGAUAAUGCAUCAUUUAGCAGGGCAUCCGAAUGUUAUAGCCAUUAAAGGAGCUUAUGAAGAUGCUGUUGCAGUUCAUGUUGUUAUGGAAUUGUGUGCAGGAGGUGUUAUGCAUCGCGAUUUAAAGCCUGAAAAUUUCUUGCUUGUUGAUAAGAAAGAAGAUUCACUUCUCAAAACUAUUGAUUUUGGAUUAUCGGUUUUCUUCAAACCAGGUGAAUCAUUUAAUGAUGUGGUUGGAAGCCCAUACUAUGUGGCACCAGAAGUGUUGAGAAAACGUUAUGGUCCUGAAGCGGAUGUUUGGAGUGCUGGGGUUAUUGUUUAUAUCCUAUUAAGUGGUGUACCUCCAUUUUGGGCUGAAACGGAGCAAGGAAUAUUUGAACAAGUCCUGCAAGGCGAUCUUGAUUUCUCUUCUGAUCCAUGGCCAAAUAUUUCUGAAGAUGCAAAAGAUCUUGUAAGGAGAAUGCUUAUUCGAGACCCUAAAAGACGAUUAACUGCACAUGAAGUUUUAUGUCAUCCAUGGGUUCAAGUUGAUGGUGUCGCUCCUGACAAGCCUCUUGAUUCAGCAGUUCUAAGUCGAAUGAAGCAAUUUUCAGCCAUGAACAAGCUUAAGAAAAUGGCUCUUAGGGUUAUAGCUGAGAGUAUGUCUGAAGAAGAAAUAGCAGGGCUAAAACAAAUGUUUCAGAUGAUUGAUACAGACAACAGUGGUCAAAUUACUUUUGAUGAACUUAAAGCUGGAUUAAAAAGAGUUGGUGCUAACCUUAAGGAAUCAGAAAUCUAUGAUCUUAUGCAAGCAGCGGAUGUUGAUAAUAGUGGAACAAUUGAUUAUGGGGAAUUUGUAGCUGCAACUCUGCAUCUGAAUAAAAUUGAGAGAGAAGAUCAUUUGUUUGCUGCUUUUUCAUAUUUUGAUAAAGAUGGAAGUGGUUAUAUUACUGCUGAUGAGCUUCAACAUGCAUGUGAUGAAUUUGGUAUAGAUGCUAGACUUGAAGAGUUGAUUCAAGAUGUUGAUCAAGACAAUGAUGGACGCAUAGAUUACAAUGAAUUUGUGGCCAUGAUGCAAGGACACACAGGGGGGGCACCAAAGAAGAGCCUAGACAAUAGUUUCAGUAUCAAGUUCAGAGAAGCAUUUAAGAUUUGAAUAUAUCAAACUUUUUUCUUGUUAUUUUUUUUUUUGUUCUUUUUCCAUUAUAGGACUUUUUUACUUUCAUUAAAUUUGUAUUUUGGUUUUGAGUUUGAAUUUGUUGUGAAAACUGUAAUUCAGCUCUGAUUUGUAUCUUGCUACAACCGAAUGUUAUCAAGUUCUUUGUGGAUAUUAACUUAUGGGUUUCUUGUAACCCCUUGUUUUAAGAGGAUACGAUGGUUCUUGCAAAAUAAAGAAGCGUCAUCUUUGCUAGAAUACGUG